GAUGAGGAGCUCGCAGAGAUCAAAAAGUACCAGCAGAAUGGCUUCUGGGCAAUCGAUCUGGAGGGCACGGUUUGGACGUACAGCAUGCGCCGCCGCGAGAAUGAGAGCAUCUCGUGCAUCUACAAAAAAAGCAGUGCGGACAAUAAAUGGUGCCAGCUCGUCGGGUUCCGCGACGCUCUGUUUCAGGAAACGGACCUGCCAGCGAUGAGAGACAAGCUCCUCAAGGCCACUCUCGUGAGGAUCGUGACAGAAGGGGUGAUAGAGAACAAGCAGGCCGCAACGAUCCGCGACGAGAUCCACGGCGCGUGGACGGCGGACUGA